CCGCAGAUCACCCUGGAGUCGAAAGAUAGCUUUUAUUUUGAAGGGGCAGCAGCGGUGAUCUGUUGCCUUAAUUAUUUGUGGCGCAAGAGAUCCGAUUCGAUGAUUUUUUUUUGCGGUAGGAGAUUCGAUCGGUUAUUGUAAAUCUUUCUGAAUUUGGACCGAAUGGUGUGAAUCCUCGACGCGGGACACCCCUGAUCACUACUUUAGCCCAAUCACAUUUCAUGUAGUCUUCGUGUCCGGUUGGAGUCGUUUCGUGCACGUUGAAGCCUCUCGUGGUAGCUUAGCUUGCUGACGAAGAGACGCGUUUGUGAUCAACACUUCUCUCAUCAGAAAUCAAGCCUGAAGUAAAGUGUUCUUCUUUCGUAACCGACUGCGCAGAAAGUGAUCGUCAUGUGAAAAUGUUUGCAAGAAGGACCGGAGAGUACGAGGAAGAAGUUUGUGGACCAAAAAAGAAGGAGAAGCCACAACGUCAACUACUGGAUGCUGUGUUCAAUCUAAAGCCUCGAAUUGUCCUAUGCAGAGCAGACAUAAUUGAAAAACUUGAACCAGAGUGGCAGCAGCCAGUGUCUCCUCACAUCAAAGUUGAAGUGGAGGGAAAAGAUGAUCAACAGAAUAAAGAGGAGAAGGAAGAGUUCCUCCACAUGAAACAGGAAAAGCAGGAGGAAAUCAUCCAGGUUCCUUCAACUGGUGUCUAUGUGAAGCGGGAAGAAGGUAAAAGUGAGGAGAGACGACGAGCGGACCCUCCAAUGACGAACAGCUCAAGUGAUGGAGACCACUGUGGAGUAUCACAAACGGAUGAUGAUGAACAGUCGGAAAGUAAUAGGACAUGUCAUACUGCCAACAAAUGCUGGAAAUGUUCUCACUGUAGGAAAACUUUAGCUUCUAAAAGCAAUUUAAAAAGACACAUGAAAAUACACACAGGUGAGAAGCCAUUUACAUGCUCAGUUUGUGGUCAAAGAUUCACUCGGAAGGGAACCCUAAAAAUACACACCAGAACACACACUGGUGAGAAACCUUUUUCCUGCUCAGUAUGUGGUCAAAAAUUCUCCUUCAAGCAAACCUUAAAAAUACACACAAGAACCCACACUGGAGAGAAGCCUUUUGCAUGCUCACUCUGUGGCCAAAGAUUCUUUGAGAAGCGAAAAUUAGAAAGACACACAAGAACACACACUGAUGAGAAAUCUUUUUGCUGUUCAGAUUGUGGCCAAAGAUUUUCUAUGGAGGAAUGCCUAAAAAGACACACAAGAAUCCACACUGCAGAGAAGCCUUUUGCCUGCACAGUUUGUGGUAAAAGAUUCUCUGAGAAGGGAACAUUAAAAAUACACACAAGAACGCACACUGGUGAGAAACCCUUUUCCUGUACAAUUUGUUGUCAAAGAUUCUCUGUGAAGGAAAACUUAAAAAUACACACAAGAACUCACACUGGAGAGAAGCCUUUUGUCUGCUCAGUUUGUGGUCAAAGAUUCACUCGGAAGGGAACCUUAAAAAUACACACCAGAACACAUACUGGUGAGAAACCUUUUUCCUGCUCAGUGUGUGGUCAAAAAUUCUCCAUCAAGAAAAACUUAAAAACCCACACAAGAACACACACUGGUGAGAAGCCUUUUGCCUGCUCAGUUUGUGGUCAAAGAUUCUCCAUCAAGAAAAACUUAAAAACCCACACAAGAACACACACUGGUGAGAAACCUAUUUCCUGCUCUACUUGUUAUCAAAGAUUCUCUUAUAAGUAUCAGGUUAAGAGACACAAGUGUUCUGGUAUGAAAAGCAAUGAUCAAGAGGCUUUCAAUGUAAAUGAGUAAUAUCAAAGUAAUUGUGAUUUGUAAGUGACAAAAUCAACAUUCGGUCUCUAACAACGAGAUAAUCUCAGCCUACUUCUACUUCCGACUUUACCUGACAACGCCCCACUCUGCUAUUAAAGGAGUACACUCAUAAUUCCGAACAGAACAGGUGCCCGCAUCCUUACAGUGAAGAAAAUAAGUAUUUGAACACCCUGCUAUAUUGCAAGUUCUCCCACUUAGAAAUCAUGGAGGCGUCUGAAAUUUUCAUUGUAGUUGCAUGUCCACUGUGAGAGAAAAUCGAAAAAGAAAAAUUCAGAAAUCAUAAUGUAUGAUGUUUUUUUUAACAAUUUAUUUGUGUGAUAUAGCCGCAAAUAAGUAUUUGAACACCUGUCUAUGAGCAAGAAUUCUGACCCUCAAAGACCUGUUAGUCCGCCUUUAAAAGUCCACCUGAAUCAGAUGCACCCAUGUGAUGUCGUUAGCUGCAUUAAGACACCUGUCCACCCCAUGCAAUCAGUAAGACUCAAACUAGAGCUGUCCAAAUACACCAGAGACAAAAUUGUACAACUCCACACGGCUGGAAAGGGCUACGGAGAAAUUGCCAAGCAGCUUUGUGAAAAAAGGUCCACUGUUGGAGCAAUCAUUAGAAAAUGGAAGAAUCUAAACAUGACUGUCGAUCUCAAUCGGAGCGGAGCAAGAUAUCACCUAAUGGGGGUCUCAAUGAUCCUUAGAAAGGUGCGGAAUUGUCAGAGAUGUUCCUAGAAAAACAGCUAAGACAAGCCUGAAGACUGUAGUGAGUGAACUCAAAUCAAAAAAGAUUGUCUUGCUCGCGAGGGACAGGCAGGAAUACCCACUGCAUAAGUGCGCUCCCUCAGAGUGCCAAAUUGGUAGUCCCUGUCUGCUGUUUUUUUUUUUUUUGCUUUCUCAGGUCAAAGGGUUACAUGGUUACAAGUUCACACAGUGAAAAUGCUGACACAGAUGGCUACACUAACGGCACAUAAACACUAAGGUACAUGUUUCUUCAAUGCUGCAAGAGUGUCCUGAUAACCCCACAACCCCAGGUGUCACUGGGUCACAUUCUAAGACACGUACGCACAAAGAGUUAUUCAGACUAAGACUAACAGAAACAAACGCAAACAAUUCUAACAAUAACCAUAGUAGUACGUAUAUGUUUUUAUCAUAACAUAGUGAUCAAUUCUUUCACAGGAAUCAGCCCAGGAUGACAUGACAUGGUUAAUGACCUGGAAAGAGGUGGGACCACCGUUUCCAAGGUGACUGUGUUGGUAAUAGACCAAGACGUGAUGGUUUGAAAUCAUGCAUGGCACGGAAGGUUCCCCUGCUUUAACCAGCACAUGUCAAGGCCCGUCUUAAGUUUGCCCAUGACCCUUUGGAUGAUACAGAGGAGUCAAGGGAGAAACUUUUGUGGUCAGAUGAGACCAAAAUGGAACUUUUUGGUCAUAAUUCCACUUACGGCUUUUGGAGGAACACAAAUGAUGAGGUCCAUCCCAAGAAGACCAUCCCCACUGUGAAGCAUAGGGGUGGUAGCAUCAUGCUUUGGGGGGUGUUUUUCUUCACAUGGGACAGGACGACUGCACUGUAUUGAGGAGAGGAUGACCGCGGCCAUGUAUUGUGAGAUUUUGGGGAACAACCUCUUUCCCUCAGUCAGAGCAUUGAAGGUCGGUCUUGGCUGGGUCUUUCAACAUGACAAUGACCCGAAGCACACAGCCAGGAAAACCAAGGAGUGGGUCCGUAAGAAGCAUAUCAAGGUUCUGGUGUGGCCUAGCCAGUCUCCAGACCGAAACUUAAUGGAAAAUCUUUUGGAGGGACCUGAAACUCCGUGUUUCUCAGCGACAGCCCAGAAACCUCUCUGAUCUCGAGAAGAUCUGUGUGGAGGAGCGGGCCAAAAUCCCUCCUGCAGUGUGUGCAAACCCUGUGAACAACUACAGAAAAUGUUUGACCUCUGUUAUUGCAAACAAAGGCUACUGUACCAAAUAUCAACAUUGGUUUUUCCAGGUGUUCAAAUAAGUAUUUGCAGCUGUAUCACACAAAUAAAUUAUUAAAAAAAUCAUACAUUGUGGUUUCUGAAUUUUUCUUUUUAGAUUAUCUCUCUCACAGUGGACAUGCACCUACGGUGAAAAUGUCAGACCCCUCCAUGAUUUCUAAGUGGGAGAACUUGCAAUAUAAUAAGGUGUUCAAAUACUUAUUUUUUUCACUGUAUAUCUGCGGGCAUGACUGGUGGACCACACCCGUAACUUUAUGUCUGCCGGCAUGACUGACCACACCCAGACAUUUUUCAAAUGUGAGUGAGUGCACCCACUGAUCUUGUCACAUCACUCCUAACAACAGUAAUCAACUCAAACAGAAGGUGCGCACAAAUACCCUAAGAACUCAAGAAAAGUGCGCUCGCACGCACAUUAAAGAAACGGAACUUCAAAAUGCUUUUGUGCCUUCUUAAGAGCCGGAUUAAAACUGGCAAAGAGUCCCGUGUUCGCCACACCUGCUCUAGAUCAGAAUCAUGAAUCAUGUUUGAUUAAUUGUACAUAGUUAUCACAUAUUUACUUUCGUUUGCUUUUAAAUGCUCUUUUUGUUAAUACUACAUAGCUCUGUGGGUUUCUUUUAAUGUUUUUUUAAUGCUUGAAUAGUAUGAUGCAACAGAGAAAUACGCACUAACAUUACACCCGGGAAGCGCUUGACGGAGGCGUCACAACCAGGAUGACAAGGAUGACAUCACAAGACUUGAGACGAGUAGAGGACAACACCAAGAUGCGACACAACCGCUCGGCACGUUAAUGAAGGGCGCGCUGCAUUUCAUGUCUUUAUUUGCCGUAGUUACUUUGUUUAGUGACUCACGUUUGCAUUGCAUGUCACACCUGCUUACGGUUAUGUUUUCUAUCGUGUUUUCUGUGUUUGUUAUGUUUUGGAUUGCCAAAUUAAUAAAAAGCGGCGACUUGGAGAUGUGGGCAGAACGGAUUGGUGAUUGUGAAAGAGACACAUCCCACGUUCUCCUCACGAGCCAGAAAGUUCCUCUUG